AUGGGGAAGGAGCAGGAGCUGGUGCAGGCGGUGAAGGCGGAGGACGUGGGGACCGCGCAGAGGCUGCUGCAGAGGCCGCGGCCGGGGAAGGCCAAACUCCUAGGAUCCACCAAGAAGAUCAAUGUCAACUUCCAGGAUCCAGAUGGCUUCUCAGCCCUGCACCAUGCAGCCCUGAAUGGCAACACAGAACUAAUCACCCUGCUGCUGGAGGCUCAGGCUGCUGUGGACAUCAAGGACAACAAAGGCAUGCGGCCUUUGCACUAUGCAGCCUGGCAAGGCCGGAAGGAGCCCAUGAAACUGGUGCUGAAGGCGGGCUCAGCGGUGAACAUCCCAUCUGAUGAGGGCCACAUCCCCCUGCACCUGGCAGCCCAGCACGGUCAUUAUGAUGUGUCAGAGAUGCUGCUACAGCACCAAUCCAACCCAUGCAUGGUGGACAACUCUGGGAAGACGCCCCUGGACCUGGCCUGUGAGUUCGGCCGUGUUGGGGUGGUCCAGCUGCUCCUGAGCAGCAACAUGUGUGCGGCCUUGCUGGAGCCCCGCCCAGGAGACACCACUGACCCCAACGGCACCAGCCCCCUGCACCUGGCAGCCAAGAAUGGCCACAUUGACAUCAUCAGACUCCUCCUCCAAGCCGGCAUUGACAUUAACCGCCAGACCAAGUCUGGCACGGCCCUGCACGAGGCUGCACUCUGUGGGAAGACGGAAGUUGUUCGACUGCUAUUGGAUAGCGGGAUCAAUGCCCAGGUGAGGAACACCUAUAGCCAGACGGCACUGGACAUUGUGCAUCAGUUCACCACAUCCCAGGCCAGCAAGGAGAUCAAGCAGCUGCUGCGAGAGGCCUCGGCAGCCCUGCAGGUCCGGGCGACCAAGGAUUAUUGCAACAAUUAUGAUCUGACCAGCCUCAACGUGAAGGCCGGGGACAUCAUCACAGUCCUGGAGCAGCAUCCAGAUGGCCGGUGGAAGGGCUGUAUUCAUGACAACAGAACAGGCAAUGACCGAGUGGGCUACUUCCCUUCCUCUUUGGGUGAGGCUAUCAUCAAGCGAGCAGGUUCCCGAGCAGGCAGCGAGCCAAGCCCACCCCAGGGAGGUGGCUCGUCAGGGCCCUCUGCACCCCCAGAGGAGAUCUGGGUGCUAAGGAAGCCUUCUGCAGGUGGUGACCGCAGUGGCAGCUUGAGCAGUGUGGCUGGUAGCCGAAGCAGUGGAGCUCAUGCCCUGCAUGCAGGCUCUGAAGGGGUCAAGCUCCUGGCAACGGUGCUUUCCCAGAAGCCUGUCUCUGAGUCCAGCCCAGGGGACAGCCCCAUCAAGCCUCCAGAGGGCUCUACAGGUACUGCCCGGUCCCAACCUCCAGCAGCCCACACUGGGCAAGUCUACGGAGAGCAGCUGCCCAAGAAGCUGGAGCCUGCCUCAGAGGGCAAGAGUGCCGAGGCAGUCAGCCAGUGGCUCGCCACAUUUCAGCUCCAGCUCUACGCCCCCAACUUCACCAGCGCUGGCUACGACCUGCCCACCAUCAGCCGCAUGACUCCUGAGGACCUCACGGCCAUUGGUGUCACUAAACCAGGCCACCGGAAGAAGAUCACAGCAGAGAUCAGCGGCCUGAGCAUCCCUGACUGGCUGCCUGAACACAAACCUGCUAACCUGGCUGUGUGGCUGUCCAUGAUUGGCCUGGCCCAGUACUACAAGGUGCUGGUGGACAACGGCUAUGAGAACAUUGACUUCAUCACUGACAUCACCUGGGAGGACCUGCAGGAGAUUGGCAUCACCAAGCUCGGACACCAGAAGAAGUUGAUGCUGGCAGUGAGGAAGCUGGCAGAGCUGCAGAAAGCAGAAUACGCCAAGUAUGAGGGAGGGCCCCUGCGCCGGAAGGCACCCCAGUCGCUUGAAACGAUGGCCAUUGAGUCACCGCCCCCACCUGAACCUGCCCCAGCUGACUGCCAGUCUCCUAAGAUGACCACUUUUCAAGACAGUGAGCUCAGUGGUGAGCUUCAGGCAGCCAUGACUGGCCCAACAGAGGUGGGUGCCGCUGCUGCUGAGAAGCCCUCCAACCACCUGCCACCCACCCCAAGAGCUACCAUGCGGCAGGAGCCCAGCUUGGGUGGACGGGCUCGGCACAUGAGCAGCUCUCAGGAGCUGCUGGGCGACGGGCCCCCUGGACCUGGCAGUCCCAUGUCACGAAGCCAGGAGUACCUACUGGAUGAGGGACUAGCUCCUGGAACCCCACCCAAGGAGGCCCGGCCUAGCCGCCAUGGCCACAGCAUCAAGAGGGCAAGUGUGCCUCCAGUGCCAGGCAAGCCAAGGCAGGUCCUUCCACCAGGCGCCAGCCACUUCACGCCUCCUCAAACUCCCACCAAAGCCCAGCCAGGCUCUCCCCAGGCCCUUGGGGGACCUCAUGGUCCAGCCCCAGCCACUGCUAAGGUGAAGCCCACCCCACAGUUGCUGCCUCCAACGGAGCGACCCAUGUCACCCCGCUCCCUGCCUCAGUCACCCACCCACCGUGGCUUUGCUUAUGUGCUACCCCAGCCUGUGGAAGGGGAGGCAGGGCCAGCUGCUCCAGGGCCUGCACCCCCGCCUGUGCCAGCAGCUGUGCCCACGCUGUGCCUACCCCCAGAGGCUGACUUGGAGCCAGGUCGGCCCAAGAAGCGUGCCCACAGCCUGAAUCGUUACGCAGCAUCUGACAGUGAGCCUGAGCGAGAUGAGCUGCUAGUGCCCACUGCUGCUGGACCCUAUGCCACAGUCCAGCGGCGAGUAGGCCGUAGUCACUCAGUGAGGGCACCUGCUGGCACUGAUAAGAACGUCAACCGCAGCCAGUCAUUUGCUGUGCGGCCCCGCAAGAAGGGACCCCCACCACCUCCACCCAAGCGCUCCAGCUCAGCCAUGGCCAGUGCCAACCUGGCUGAUGAGCCAGCUCCAGAUGUUGAGAUAGAAGAUGGCCGGCUGGGAGUCCGGGCACAGCGCCGGCGGGCCAGCGAUCUGGCUGGCAGUGUGGACACGGGCAGUGCCGGCAGUGUGAAGAGCAUUGCGGCCAUGCUUGAGCUGUCUUCCAUUGGGGGUGGGGGACGGGCUGCCAGAAGGCCACCUGAGGGCCACCCCACAGCUCGACCUGCCAGUCCAGAGCCGGGCCGGGUGGCCACAGUGUUAGCCUCAGUGAAGCACAAAGAGGCCAUUGGACCUGAUGGUGAGGUGGUAAACAGACGCCGCACACUCAGUGGGCCUGUCACUGGACUUUUGGCCACAGCCCGCAGAGGGCCAGGGGAGCCAGAAGAUCAAGGCCACUUUAUGGAAGAUGGUGCAGCCCGGCAGCGGCCUCGAGGUCCAGCCAAGGGUGAAGCGAGUGUGGAGGGCCCACCACUGGCCAGGGUGGAGGCCAGUGCCACGCUCAAGAGGCGCAUCCGGGCCAAGCAGAGUCAGCAGGAGAAUGUCAAGUUCAUCCUAACAGAGUCUGACACAGUCAAGCGCAGGCCCAAGGCUAAGGAAAGGGAAGCUGGGCCUGAGCCACCCCCACCACUGUCCGUGUACCAGAAUGGCUCGGCCACCAUGCGCCGCAGACCAGCUUCAGAGCAAGCUGGAGCCCCAGAGCUGCCCCCACCACCCCCACCUGCUGAACCCCCACCCACUGACUUGAUGCAUCUGCCCCCACUUCCCUUGCCCGACAGUGAUGCCCGGAAGCCGGCAAAGCCACCUGUCUCUCCCAAGCCUGUCUUGGCUCAGCCUGUGCCCAAGAUCCAGGGCUCACCCACACCUGCCUCCAAGAAGGUGCCACUGCCAGGCCCUGGCAGCCCAGAGGUGAAGCGAGCCCACGGCACGCCGCCGCCGGUGUCCCCCAAGCCGCCGCCGCCGCCCACGGCGCCUAAACCCUCCAAGACCGUGGCGGGGCUACAGUCGGGCAGCGCCAGUCCAUCGCCUGCGCCCUCGCCGGCGCGCCAGCCGCCAGCCGCCCUCGCAAAGCCGGCCAGCACGCCACCCUCACUGACCGCCAGCCCCGCCAAGCCUCCAUCCCCGGGUGCGCCCGCGCUGCACGUGCCCACCAAGCCCCCGCGGGCCGCGGCCGCCGCUGCCGCCGGGGCCCCCAUUGCCCCCGACGGCGCCUCGCCCGGGGACAGCGCGCGGCAAAAGCUGGAGGAGACGAGCGCGUGCCUGGCGGCAGCGUUGCAGGCAGUAGAGGAGAAGAUACGGCAGGAAGACGGGCAGGGCCCGCGCCCGUCCGCGGUGGCAGAGAAGAGCACCGGCAGCAUCCUGGACGACAUCGGCAGCAUGUUCGACGACCUGGCGGACCAGCUGGACGCCAUGCUGGAGUGA